GCACUGAUUUACCACUUGAAAGUGUUUUAGGGUUUUUCGCGGGUUUUAUCCCCUCUCUCUUUCUACCUUUGGAAAACAUCUCAAUUUGCUUCACACUUCCCUUCUCCCCUUUCUUUCUCUCUCCUCCGACGAUUCCACAGUUACAUUCUCUCGCUCAGAACUCAUCUAAUUAGUGAAAAAGAUAUGAGUACUGGGGGAGAAAAAGCGUCAGGUAACACCAAAACUCCUGCAGAUUUUCUCAAAUCUAUUCGGGGUCGUCCUGUUGUUGUUAAGCUUAAUUCCGGUGUCGAUUAUCGUGGUAUUUUAGCUUGCCUAGAUGGAUACAUGAACAUUGCAAUGGAGCAAACAGAAGAGUAUGUUAACGGCCAGCUGAAAAAUAAAUAUGGUGACGCAUUUAUUCGUGGAAACAAUGUGCUUUAUAUCAGUACAACAAAGAGGACACUUGCUGAUGGAGCAUAGUUCUGGGCUGAAAAUUGGUUGAAGCAACCUGAACCUUGUGCCGUUGUUAUUCUGACAUUGAAGUUAUAGGCUUUAUAGAUCUAUAUUGGGGCAGGAGAUUGUAACUGGUGAACCUGGUUUUCUUCCCGUUCCAGAUUACUGUAUGUAACAAGCACAUCGACGUGAAGAGUUAAUUGUUAGAAUGACAUUUAAAAUCAUCAGUUAGUUCAAUUUUGUUUUUGCAUAUUUUGGGUGUGGCUGAUGUAAUCCAUAUGAGUGUCAGAGAACAUGUGACCUUAUUUUGUUCUAGACAUAAUCGGUUUAUUUCCCAAA